UUUUUCCACAAACACACUUCCGGGUUGGCCGAGCUGCUGAGAAAUCUGGUUCGCAUUUUGCACGAACGUCGUCAAAACACAAACUCUUCAGGGUGUGUCGUCGACUUUCUGCUCUUUUCAGAACAAAAUCAACUGUCUGAAAGUGUUCAUCAAGUGCAACAGUAUAUACACAGGACAUCGCAAAGCCUAUAUAAACAAAUUGCUCACCAUGGUUAAUAAAAAAAAGGAAGAAGAGAAGAAAAGGAGGAAGACACUGAAAAAGAAUUCAGCACGCAAACCUCAUUACUGCUCAAAGUGUGGGAUGAGCUUCAGUGUGAAAACACGGUUCACGAGACACAUGCGCAUUCACACCGGAGACAAGCCCUACCAGUGCCAGCACUGUGACAUGUGCUUCAGAUCACAGGAGAACCUGUCCGAACAUGCACGCAAACACACCGACGACAGACCUUAUCACUGCUCUCAGUGCGGCAAGGGCUUCGUACGACCGGGAAGACUCGAAAUCCACUGGAGAAUCCACACUGGAGAAAGGCCACAUCACUGCUCUCAGUGUGACAAGAGCUUCAAGAGCACAGAGGAGCUGCAGAGCCACACGCUCACACACGCGGCAGAGAGACGUCACCACUGCUCUCAGUGCGAGCGGAGCUUCAGGAGAAACGGUCAGCUGGUCAGACACAUGCGGACACACACCGGGGAGAAACCGUACCGGUGCACGCAGUGUGAGAAGCGCUACUCGCGGGCAGAACACCUCCGGGACCAUCAGAUCAGAGCUCACCUAAACAACACACACGUCCACUGAGAGUAAUGUGCAGCAGACAAAACACACACACAGAUGGCACAUUGGAAAAGCUUAAAUGAGGACGUGGGUGACGAGUGGUGGGACACGGCAUACAAGUUGUUUCUUGAAAGCGAUCCAAAAGCGAGGAUUUUGAGUCAUUCUAAAUUAUAUAUGAAGAAUAAUAAUUGGAAUGAUUAUGGAUUCUGCAACGACACACUGGUUCCUCCAACUGGGAUGUUCCGUGAUGUCUCCAAAAGGGCCAUUUUGGUGGUGAUUUCAAGAGCAAGGAAAAUUCAUUGGAAGGUGUGGAAGGAUCUAGAUCAGCCAUCUUCUACACCCGAUGUACCGGAUCUGGACGAAAAUGACAAGAAACUUAUAAACUGUGUUAUUAACCUGAUUUAUAGAGAGGACGGCAGCCCAAGACCAUUUAAUAUUUGAACACUAUUGAUCGAUACUGUACGUCUGAACUAAAUUAAGAGUAAUUUGAAAGUGCCUCAUUCCGGCCUUUAUUAGCAAUUUAAUGAAUCAGCCCUGAUCCUGGGUAUAGAAUAUAUAUAGUAAGAAUAUGAGAAGAGUCUUUGGCUUUAGCCAAUAGGAGCAUACAUUACAUCAUAUAGAAAACAUUGUAUAACAAGUCCAUAUGCGGCCGGCGAGAUCUUCUCCACACAUACAUUUGAACCUAGAAAAGCCCUUAAAUAUAAUGAACAACAGAUGUUCCCAGUGCACUUAUAUAGCACGCUUAUACACUAUGCAAGACAGUUAAACUAGAACUAAUUAAGUGUUUUCUGUAGAAUGGUGUGUUAACAUACUAAGUUAAUAACAAAUGAUCUUUGCAACAAAGUGAAUCAAUCAAAACUUUGCUUUUUGCAGGACAAUAACUUUAUUCUAGAGCUGCUGUAAAGCCUAAACAAUGUUACCGUACUUUAAUUUCCUAUUUUUACUAUAAAGCUACUUUGUUAAAGUUUGCAUCACUAUAAUAGUGCGUAUGGUUAUUCUGUUGCGUCUUCUAAUUGAAAAACAUUGAAUAUACGAGAUGGUAUCAUUUUUUGUAUAAGAAAAAUGUCUUCUUUUCCUUUUAUUUUUCUUCAUAUUAUGUAUCCAUCAGUUACUCAUAUACUUUUCAUUUGCAUCCAUAGACUAUUAACUCGAGAUUAAGGUCUUGUUUUGUUGUUAUAUACAGCAAAUUAUGUCCAGUAUUGUGCAUAUUUGUUGCAAUAAACAGUUAUUGGGAAGAUUGUCAAAAUUAUGAGUGUGAAUAAAACCAUUUCUUUGGGCUAACCA